AUGACCAGGAAGCACGACGUAGGCUUUGGACCGUUCUUUUCGCGGGAUUUCGCCGACACUUUCCUCACAGUGCUUGUUGACCUGGUCCUGCAGAUGGGAGGCGGGCAGAUAAACGCAUUGAGAGCAGAUAGGGUUAGGGUUGGAAAGGCGCCGGCAGACACCACAAAUCGGUCUGUUUUAGCCUCGGCCACUAGGGUCUUCGAUCACCCUAGCAAUAGCGCCCAUGAUCACGCCCAGGGUUCACCAUCCCUUGACUUGUCACACAUGCGAAUGCCACUACGCCUCGUCAUAGGAUCAGCGAAAGUUCAAAAGGAGCUGCCUCAUUGGUUUAGCCUUCGCGAUGGAAUUUCAAAGUCAGACCAGACAAAGAUAGCAGAAGAUACGUAUCGUCGAUAUCAGAGUCUCCCCAAGGUCAGCAUUUUGGCCAUCGACGAGGUUGGCUCGCCGGAGUCACCCAUCCAAGUACCAGGACAGCGCGUCUACACUGGUAGAAAGCCGGUUAUUUCAUCUUCCCUCGCAGACACUCCCUGUGCCAGCCUUGGGGUUGAUGGUCUCUUAGAGAAACUCAAUAUCACUCUCGGCACUUUGUAUACCCUGGACUCUCCAUCUCUUCCCUCCCGCCUCUCGCAAAAGCUCUACUCCGCCCUUCGAAUACCUCACACUUCAUCCCUGUCCCUGAUCCUGAGAUCCUGCAUUUCUAGUAACUAUGACUUCGGCACCGCGUACGCCCGUCUUCGAUCUAGGUGGUAUGACGACCUGUCACACAUCGAAGAUACUUUGCGUGCCCAUGAAGCGCGCGACACUGAGAUACGAAGAGUGAUUCAGGUCAACAAACGCAUCACUAGCUCAUCUGUACCUCCCCUACGCCUCUGGGACCUGUACAGCAAUCGGGUCGUACCUUGGUGGGUAGCCAUAUGGUCGUCCGUCAAUGGACUGGCAUGGCCCGUGCCUCUGCCGAAAGACGUCGAUUUGCGCCUCCUCCGCAUCGAGUUGCUUAACCUUGGGGCAGAGUAUGUGUGGUUGGACGUGCUCUGCUUGAGACAGGCGGACGGGCCAAAUGAGGAUCUGCGUGCGAAAGAGUGGGAGCUAGACGUUCCUGCCAUUGGGAAUGUGUAAAAGAUGUCCAGACAGGUGGUAUGCUACUUUAGCGGGCUGGGUCGUCCCCUGGGCUCCAACGUCGACUUACAAGGAGAUCGGAGCUGGUUUAGAUGCGCAUGGACGCUGCAGGAGAUGAAGGAGGAAUAUAUCAUUGGUGGGAAGAUAGGCGAUGAGAGAAACGAAGAAGAGUAUAGGCAGAUAAUGCUCCAACGCUGUUGGUGCUCAAGACCGUAACUGGCACAGGCAACAAAAGCGUGCUGGAUGUUCUGUCGCAUAUGCAGAAACGGGUCUCGACCAAUCCCGUGGAUAGGAUCGCAGGGAUGGCGUACCUU